GAGCUCUCCCUCCACUAUCUGUUCAGCCCUCCACUUUCCUGCUGAACACAGACUGGACAAACAGAACUCAAGUGAGUGAGGAGUGUGGACAAAGGGAUGUGACUUUUUUUUUUUCAUUUGGACUUCAGCAUUUCUGUUUUCUUAUCUGAACUGGCAAUGUCUGAGAGCAUUGUGAGAAAGGUCCAGCCCUUCACCAUUGGGACAAGGCUGUCAGUCCCGGCUGUGCCAAAAUGCCAGGACUUUACACAGAGCUAUCUGCAGAGCCAGAGUCUGGAUAACUGCACUCUACAGCACAAUCUGAACUCUCUCUACCUCAGCCGGUCCCAGGUCUGCGCGCAUGGCCUCGUCUCACCCAUUGUCAAGCAGGUAGCCCCUGUGAGGCACAACCAGGAGGACAUGGCAGCUGAGGACCAGCUGAACCAGAAUGUCACCUCUCCCAACGCAGUCUCCAGAUCCAUCAAGAAGAUCACAAUCUCUGGGAGUAGAGACAGAUCAGAGAACAAGGUGUCAGCACAGCUCUCCAUCACAGGUUCCACAUCUGAAAACAACAAUAACAACAACAACGUCACCAGCACAUCAGAUCCACAUCUGCCCAGGAUUGUGGGUGUGAGCUGUGAGAAUAAGCCCAGUUCUCACUUCAAGGUUUUACUCAGAAAAGACAGCAGUGAUGACCUUCAGUCCACACAGGGACAAACCAGGCUGAAAGUGAACGGAGAGAGAUCCGUCCAACAGAUGUCAGUGCCUGAAUUGCAGAGGAAGGAGCCUCAGAGGAAAGAAAGUCAUCCAGACACUCAGAAUGAAGCGUCGGCUGCUGAUAUGUCCCAAACUGACUGCUUCACUCAGCGCAACUCGCUCUUCAACAAGGAAGUGCUGCAGGCAGAGGCCUGGAUCAAAGGCAAGCUGCAGGACUUGAAGGAUGGAUGUAAUAUUCAGCGCUGCCCCCUGCAGGACUGGGAGGAAGCCUCACAGACGCUCCAGAGAGACCUCAAAGACUUUGAGAACACCCUGAUUCAACUCAACCAGAUGGGUGAGCAGUUGAUCUGCAAGCUGAACCCAACUGCUGAUGUGGUAAAGAAGCAGCUCAGCCAGCUCAGGGACCAGUGGCAGACCCUGAAACAGACGGCCGCAAAUCAGACGAAGGCCCUGGGCGGAGCCAAAAACUUGCAGGAGUUCAACAGAAAAGUGGACAAGCUGGAGGCAUGGAUUAAAGAGAAGCAGGAAGAGGAGCAGUCUCUGGUGAAUGUCCUGGGGGAAAAUGUUGACAAAAUGCAGCUGACCAAGAGGAUUUUAGAUCUGAAACAGGAUGAGCAGCUAUACAGAAACCUCCACGAGGAGAUCAACCACUUGGCCCUAAAACUGGAGAAACAAGGGAAGACAGAUGGCAAAAACAUCUCCAGCAAGAGGAAACACAUCAAUAAAAUGUGGCUGAAGGCCCAGUCUCAUCUGAAAAACUACCAUGAAAAUCUUCAGCUGGCACUGGAGGUGUCGUCGUUCUACCAACAGGCUGAUAAUACGUUGUUUGCUAUUAAUACCAUGAGGAAAAGCAUAUCCACAUCCAAAGAGCUGGACAGCUUCGGAGAUAGAGAGAUUCGCGACAUUGCCAGUCAAAUCAUGAUGUUAGAUGUGAACGUGUCCCAGGUGUCUAAUCUCCAUCCUGCCCUGGCCGCUGGCGUCACACAGAAGCAAACCCAGGUGAAGGACUGCUGGGCGCUUCUUCAGAAGGUUUUCAGGAGUGACAGGACCACACUCUCCCCCUCCGGCCCUGCUUUCACCAGGGAAGAUGCUGACCCCCUGACACCAGGCCGAGAACCCCAGUGCAACGUGGGAACGGAGACGCAGAGGAUCAUGGGAAAGGAGGUGAAGGAGGAGCAGAAUCGCCUGAAAGGCUGCGUGAGUACUGUUGAAUGUGGGUUUGGUAGGAGGACACCGAGCAACCAAAGCCAGGAGCAGCAAUCAGUGAACCACACCUCUUCACCCACGGGAGACGGCCCUGCCUGUGCAAAUGAUGUCAUCGUCCGACAUCAAUUGAAGGCGGAAAGUAGGAAGCCCAGAGCAGAGCCCAAGCUUGCCACCACCCCGCGAGGCCACCCACAACUUCACACACAGCUCCAGAAGUUCACCGUGUCUGCUGACAAGACUUUGUCCUGGCUGAAAGACAAUGUGUCCAUGGCCACACAGGUGUGUUCAAUAGCCAGCUUUGAGGGGCCGGAGGCAGCCAGGAGGUGUCAACACGCUCUAGAACAAGAAAUUCUCACCAACAGGGCCAGGAUAGAGGUGGUCAAACGGGAGGGCCGCGGGCUGGUCCGUGCACAGCACCCAGGCAGCGCCAAGAUAGAAGAGUUCCUGGGCCAGCUGGAGGUCCUGUGGGAAGAGCUGCGGAGGAGGCACCAGAGGAAUGCCGCAUUUCUGCAGGCCUCAGAGGAGCUGGGCUUUAGGGUUGUAAAAGUGCUCCAAGCCCUGGGCAGCCUGGAGGCCUGGCUGGAGUCCGUGGAGCUUUCCAUGAAGGAAUCUGCUCUCACCGGUGACCCCGAAACAAUGAGCAUGGCUGAGAGGGAGAGCUGUCUGAUGGAGAGAGAGGUUGCAGCACGCAGCCUGGAGCUCAGCGCUCUGAGGCAGGAGGUGGACCGCCUCCACAGCCACAGUCACCCACACACACGAGGCCUGCCAGCACGCAUGGAGGAGGUGGAAAGAAAGUACCGCCGUGUCCAGAGUGCCCUGACUCAGCAGAGCUCUGAGCUGCAGGACACACGGAUGCUGACUGAGUUCCUGGAGCGCGUGGAGCUGGAGGAGAGUGAAGAGCUCACGGGUAGUCAGUACAGCCUGGGCCAGCCUCUUCACAGUGAGAUUUCCUCUGCUCCUACAUUGCUGGGACUCCAAAGCAGUGGUGGUGGUGAGCCCCUGAUAGAAAGCAUGGGCGACCCUGUGGAGGAGCUGCGAGAGGCUGUGGAGAUGCUAAAUGACACUGUUAGGGAACGAGGCCGAUCGCAGAGCCAUGACCAGGCCAUCCAGGAGCUGCUGAGCAAGCACGCCAGCCUGGCGGUACAUGUGGAGGAGUGCUUGUGCUGCAGCAAGGAGCUGAGCCUGGACAUCCUGGAGAAGGAGACAGACAUGGCCGUCCAGUGUGAGCCAGACCGCUGCGGCCUCGAGGCUCUGCAGGAGAAGCAGGACCACCUGGAGAUUGACUAUGAAGUCAUCAGGGAGGAGGUUAAGGAGCUGGAGAAGCAGACUUCUCGCCUGGAGGAGCUGUGCCCGGAGAGAGUGCAUGUACUCGGGGCAAAAAUCCAAGCUAUGCUGCAGGGCUGGACCGAGCUGGGGAAGAGUGUGACAGAGAACAAAUCACGUCUGCAAGAGUUUGUGCAGCUCCAGGACUUCUUCAGGAGCUACCUCGCCAUGAUCUCAUGGACAGAAGACACCAGGUCACACAUUUUCUCAGAUACCGCCUUACAUUUUGGGAAAGAUGGCCAGAGGCCACUGGCUGCAGAGCUGGACAUGCAGAUUGAGCAAAAGUUUGGGGAGUUUGAUGAGCUGGCGAAUACGGGAAGGAACCUUUUAGACAAAGAACACCACCUCACACAGAUGGUAAAAGAGCGCAUGGAGGAACUGAGGAGUAUGCUUGGGUGGAUUUUAGUGCACUGGAGGGCCCAGAAACAACAGUGGCUUCACAAGAAGAGCAGACAGGAGUCCUCACAAGAUAACAUUUAUUCUGAGGCCACAAUGUGCUCUCCAUCUUCAGAGAGUUCAACUCCUGAGCUAGAGGCCCACCAGUCCCACCAGUCCCACCAGUCCCAGGUGAUCACUGCCGAUGAAGACAAAUCAAAGGCAGGGGGAGACAGCCGGCCCUCAUCCCUGCCGCCAACCCAAGCUGAGCAGCAGGAGGAGAAGCAGUUAGAGGAUGGGUAUGAGGUCAUGAACAGCAUUGGACCACGGGGCGGUGAGGCCACCUCCUCGGAGUCUCCCAAACCCUCUAUCGUGGUUCUCAAAGAUCCCAGCAGCCCCGCUUUAGGGGGAACAGUCAACCUCAUUCUUAGCUUUGGGGGACAGGGGGACAGCCAGGUUCAGGUGCUCGACCCGCCUGCUAGGACGGAUGAGGUAGUGGAGGAGACCUCUGAGCCUGUCCACAGGGUAAGUACCUACUUGCAUGUCAAGGAUAACAACCUGGCUGUGGCCCCUGUGUAUGAGAGUAUCACCCUGCCUCGCCAAAAGAGCCACUCUGCAGCCUCACCUGCUUUCUCGCCGUCCUCCUCCUCUUCGCCGCCGUCCUCAGCACCAGCACCUCAGACGGCCAACGUAAGCUUCCACCCUUCAGCAGGGAGCGGCUCCAUCUUUAGCAGCCUUAAGAGAAUAGGCAAGAAGAGAAAGAGGAAGAGGGAUGCUCGCAGACACACGAUCCAGAAAAUCAUGGGUGUGGAGGAGCAAACAGAAGGGAUGCCUCAGCAUGGCAGUGAGACGAUCACGUAUGACACACAUACAUGGCCCCUGAAAGAAGGCAGGAGGAAGAAGAGUUCACCACAGAGUGGGGAUGGAGUAGAAGCCUAUAUGAAAAACCCCCUCCUGAAGGAUAUUGAUACAGAGUGUUCAGGAGAAUACAGCAUUAUUCCGUAUGCUGAAUCAGGGGGGCCAACCACAAAUCACACAAGAAGCCACUGCAGAUUCCUCUCUUUGGGCUCCGUGCUGAGCUUUGACCUACCUAAGGACAUGACUCUCAUCCCCAGCAUUCAGGACAUCAUCACCAUUGCCCCUCCAGAGUCCAAAAAAGGAGCAGGGACUGAUCCGGACCCCCACUCCCAGAGACUAUCAGCCCUGAGCUCUUUCAAACAGACUCGACCCACUCCUGCCGUCAUACGCAAUUCAGCAGAAAUCAGCUCUCCUGAAACUUCGAUGGUCGUACUGAAAGAUCUGCCUGAUGUGGACAGGAGUUCCCAACCAGCACCUCCUCCUUCUCCGGGAGACGAUGAGGAUCAGACUGUGCCAUGUAACGACCUGUCUGAAACUCAGUUCAUUCGGCAUGAGGAUGCAGAGCAGGAGUGGGACAAAAUGUCGCCAGAGGUCAAAACCAGCACAGCUAAAAGAGAUGGGACCGACCAGCCUUCCCAGCUGCCUAUUUAUGUAAACCAAACCCAGAAUACAGCUGUACAUAAACACAAAUGCCCCAGCGUCCACACGCUCAUCCGAGACCUAAAUGGACACCAGUACCAUAAAUGUGCAAGACACCAGUGUGCGUGUGAAGACAGUCCUGGACUUCACUCUUUGAGCCAAGCUUCUCACAUGGUGGUGAAUCUGAAGUCGACAGUGAGUGUGAGUGUUCGUCAGGACUCUGUUGACUCUGGGAUCUCCACCUCCAGCAGUAUCAAGCUUUGCACCGAUGCUCCGUGUGCAGAUAACCCGCAGCCCAAGGGCAUGGUGGGGAGGCUCAUGUCCUUUGAGGUGGGAGGUAUAGACUGCGCUAAAACAAAGGAGGACACUGUAAAAUCAUCAAGUCCAUCAGCAGACCUAGCAGAGCCAGAAACAGAGCCUGUCCGCCUCGAUCACCAGCAGUUUGAGGAGGAAGAGGAAGAACUGGAGGACAUCUGGAACCAAACAACUAACUACAGACAGAGCAUCUGCUCCGACAUCAUGUACCAGCCCAACCAGGGAGAGUCUGAACCUUCAGAGCAAUCCAAAGAGCCCCUGUCCCGCUCACCUUCACCCAAGACCCCAGCUGUGCUCUACAGAAACCUGGUCACAGCCUCAGCACCCAACCUCCUCGUGGCCGAGUUCAAACUGCCCCCCUAUCUUCAGAGCUUGCUGGGUUAUGACAAGGAGCCAAAAGGUCACCUCCCCCCUCUGGCCACAGGAGACAGGAGGUCCUGGGCGGCCUUUCCUAACAGGGAAUCAGCCAGCAAGACCUCAGUGACAGUGAACGAGACGGCAUCAGAUCCAGUGAAGCUGCCAGAUGUGGGGGACAAUCAGAGAUAUAUUUAUCAAUACAGAGAGGAUGAGGAGGAGGAGGAGGAGGAGGAGGAAGCAAAGGUGGGGGAGGAGGUGGAUGAGCACGGUAGUUCGAAGGACCAGUCAAUGAGUCUACUGUCAGUUCAUUUGGGUUUGGAUGGUGUCUGUCAGCAAAGAAAAGCCUCUCACAGCCUGGACGACACCGAGAAGCAGGAAGAAUCAGCAGCCACACGAGGGCGCUGCAUCACCCUGAGUGGAAGGCCUGAGCUGCAAUCUAUGGAGGGAACGCUCGAGAGGAAGCACAAGCUUCAGCUGGGAGGAAAGAAAGCUGCCUCCAGAGGCUGGAACUCGUACCAUGCCGUCCUAUAUAGACACACCUUGUGCUUCUACCAGGAUAGAAAGGAUACACUGAGGAGCUCUGCAUGCGGCCUGCCACUGAACCUCAUGGGAGCUGAGUGUUCACCUGCGCCAGACUACACUAAAAAACCCAACUGCUUUCGACUACAGCUCCGUGAUGGAUCUGAAUAUCUGCUCAAUGCCUCCUCACGCUUUAUGAUGAGGAAAUGGAUGAUGAAAAUACAAGCAAACACAGGUCGGAGUGAGUCAAUGUCUUCAUUACCAAGUGUCCCAGUGGAUCAAGACCUCCCCAUUUCCUUAAAGCCCUUUCUCUGCUCCGAUUGUCAUGGCCUCACCAAAUGCCACUGCUCCUCCUCCCACCAAGAUGUCACCUCCACGUUCCCAAGGCGCAAACUGCCAGGUUCUGCCCAAACCAAAGAGAUCAUUGUUCUCACUAGGGAGUUCAGUCACUUGCCGCAGAGUCAUUUAAGGAGUGUGGAUGAGCAGUCGACAAUGUCAUCGUCAGAUGGAGGCUGCUGUGAUGAAGAUGAAGACAGUUUAAAGCAGACAGUGACUCACAGACUGUCUGGAGCAUCCAGAGUCAACACCUCUCCCUCCCCUCACUCCCCUGUCUCCAGCAGUCAGGAUUGGCUAAGCAACAAGCGUCGCUCCCACUCCUUCACAUCAGCAACAUUUCAGAAGAUCAAACCUAUGUCACACACCCCUGGUGGAAGAGGCUCCAACUACUGUGUGACUCUUGUUGUUGGAGACAAGUCAUCAGACAGUGCGUCCAUAAGCAGGCGCUCAGAGCCCCCGCUGCUGGCUUCGGCCGGAUGGCAGCACGACACCCAUCAGGACUUGGCUCUGAGGAGCUACGUCAGCCUGCCACGACCACGCAACAAGUCUGUCUUCAAAAAGUUCUUUGGGAAAAGGGACCUCUGAGUUUAAAAAAAUGAUUUUACUAAUAAAGUGUUUAUAAAAAGUUUCCAAUGUGCAGUGCACAUAAAACCAAAAAAAAAAAGAGAGAAAAAAGAAAUGCUACUACUGACUAUAUUUAUGAGCGGAAGAGCUACCAUGGUUUUAUUUUUGAUGUGUUUUAUAGAAAUCACUUCAAGUCUUUUUUUUAAAAAGUACAUUUUAUGAGUGUUUAUAUUCUUUUUUCCUUAUUUUUCUUGUCAAGUGAAAGGAACAAUACUGCGUGAGUGUGCACUGUGUAGUUGUAGAUUUGAUGGAUUGAAAAACCAUAUUUUCUUGCCAGCUUAAUGUCAUAUUUUAGUUUUAUUUUUUUGAUUUUUGUGUAAUUGGUUUAACAGCCUCUGUAUAAAGACACCUAGAAGCUCUGUGGAGAAUCAGCUUAGAAACCAAAAUUCAGGAAAUAAUCACAAUGAUAUUGGAAUCAGUUAUGACCAAGUAUUAUCCUCAGCUCAUGACCUUUACUUCACAUGUACAAUGUGUGGUGCACCAAAACAUUGUCUUCAUACUAAAACGAGCAGUUUGAUACUGCUUGAGCUUGUUUGAUAUUAACACUUUUCAAACACUAAUUGCAGCAAAGGCUAUUCAUAAUAAAACAUUAAA